GUUUUGGAUUUGUUCCUGUUUUAGAUGUUAUAUUACAUUGUCUCAAAGUUUGCAUUUGAUAAUGGGCGGGGCUCCAGCUGGGCCUGCCGGUACUGGAAAAACAGAAACUACCAAAGACCUUGGCAAAGCUCUUGGUAUGAUGGUGUACGUAUUUAAUUGUUCGGAGCAAAUGGAUUACAAAUCCAUUGGCAAUAUUUAUAAGGGAUUGGCUCAGACAGGUUGCUGGGGUUGCUUUGACGAGUUUAACAGAAUAUCAGUGGAGGUAUUGUCAGUGGUUGCSGUUCAAGUGAAAUUAAUUCAGGACGCAAUCAAAGACCAGAAGAAAAUAUUUUUCUUUUUAGGUCAAGAUAUUGGAUUAAUACCCACGGUUGGCCUUUUUAUAACGAUGAACCCAGGUUAUGCAGGUCGAACGGAGUUGCCCGAAAAUCUGAAGGCGCUGUUUCGGCCUUGUGCCAUGGUGGUCCCAGAUUUUGCCCUCAUUUGCGAAAUCAUGUUGGUCGCAGAAGGCUUUCAAGAGGCUCGACUUUUAGCCCGAAAGUUCAUAACCCUCUAUACACUAUGUAAGGAAUUGCUCACGAAACAAGACCAUUAUGACUGGGGGCUGAGAGCCAUAAAGUCUGUAUUAGUAGUUGCUGGGUCGCUAAAAAGAGGUGACAAGCAAAGACCGGAAGACCAAGUACUUAUGAGGGCGUUGAGAGAUUUCAAUAUCCCAAAAAUUAUUACUGAUGAUAUGCCGGUUUUUAUGGGAUUGAUUGGUGACUUAUUUCCUGCUCUGGAUGUGCCCAGAAAACGCAAUAUAGAUUUUGAAAAAAUGAUUAAACGAACUGCGGUCGAAAUGAAACUGCAACCAGAAGAUGGUUUUAUUCUGAAAGUAGUUCAACUUGAGGAACUUUUCGCCGUUAGACACUCGGUAUUUAUAAUAGGCUUUGCUGGCACUGGAAAGUCAAUGGUCUGGAAGUGUCUUAUUAAGACUUACGCAAAUCAGAAGCGGAAACCGUUAUACAACGACCUUAAUCCAAAAGCUGUGACCAAUGACGAGUUAUUCGGUGUGAUCAAUCCUGCCACCAGAGAGUGGAAAGAUGGCUUGUUCUCUGUUAUUAUGAGAGAUCAGGCGAAUUUAAGCGGAGAGGGCCCUAAAUGGAUUGUGCUUGAUGGAGACAUCGAUCCUAUGUGGAUCGAGUCACUUAACACCUUAAUGGAUGACAACAAAGUACUUACUCUUGCCAGUAAUGAACGCAUCGCGCUCACUCGUAGCAUGAGGCUGUUAUUUGAAAUUGCUAAUUUGCGGACGGCAACACCGGCAACUGUUUCCAGAGCUGGUAUUUUAUACAUUAAUCCUGCAGAUCUCGGCUGGAACCCAUUUAUUGCAUCCUGGAUUGACACGCGAACAAUACAAAGCGAAAAGGCUAAUCUGAUGAUCCUGUUUGAUAAAUACGUACCGCCUUGCCUCGAAGCUGUGCACAAAAAGGUUAAGAAAAUAACGCCUAUAUCCGACAUUGCUCAUUUAACCAUGCUGGUUAGUCUCCUAGACUGCUUUUUAACACCCGAAAACGUUCCCCCUGAUUGUCCUAAAGAGUGGUACGAAAUCUAUUUCGUGUUUUGCGUGGUUUGGUCGUUUGGUUCCGCGCUAUUUCAAGAUCAAAUCAUCGAUUGGCGGAACGAGUUUAGCAAGUGGUUUACUAACGAGUUUAAGACUGUUAAGUUUCCAAUUGGUGGCAAUGUUUUCCAAUACUACAUCGAAGAAGAAAACAAACGGUUUGUGCCAUGGACGGAGUUAGUUUCUCCGUUUGAACUCGACACAGAUAUUCCCUUGCAAGCUACUUUAGUGAAUACUGCAGAAACCAGCAGGAUCAGAUUUUUUAUCGAUCUGUUGGUAUCUAUGAGGGUCCCGGUCAUGCUUGUGGGUCCUGCUGGUAGUGGAAAGUCGGUGAUUAUCCAAGAGAAGCUUAAUUCGCUGACUGAGCACUAUGCAGUGACAAACGUGCCAUUUAACUUUUACACAACAUCUGAGAUGUUGCAACAAAUUUUGGAAAAACCUCUUGAGAAGAAAGCUGGAAAAGUGUAUGGGCCACCUGGCAACAAAACCAUGAUUUACUUUAUUGACGACAUGAAUAUGCCAGAAGUGGACAAGUACUUCACUGUGCAGCCACACACACUUCUGAAACAAUUCAUGGAUUAUCAGCACUGGUACGACAGGCAAAAGUUGAGUUUGAAGGAAAUUCACAAUGUUCAGUUUUUAUCGGCAAUGAAUCCGACUGCCGGAUCAUUUACUAUCGAUCCCAGGCUGCAACGGCAUUUCUGUGUAUUUGCUGUCAGUUUCCCGUCGGAAGAGAAUUGCCUUCACAUUUACAACUCAAUUCUCUCUCAGCAUUUAGCCAAUCCUCAAAAUAAGUUCAACGCUGUGAUACAAAAGUUAUGCCCAAUAAUUGUGCAGGCGGCCUUUUCCUUACACACCAAAGUCGGACAGACGUUCUUGCCCACUGCUGUUAAGUUUCAUUAUACAUUUACGCUUCGCGACUUGUCGAAUAUUUUCCAAGGAAUGCUCUUUGCUCAUGGCCCGGCCAUUUCCAACCAGACGGCGUUUAUAAGACUUUGGAUGCAUGAAGCCAACAGGGUAUAUGGAGACAAAUUGGUUGAAAAGCGCGAUAUGGACACGUUCAAUAAACUGAUAAUCGACUCGGUGAAAAAGGGUUUUGAGGAACUUGAUGAAAAUACGGUUUUUGAAAAGCCCUUAAUAUUUUGCCACUUUGCCGAAGGCAUUGGAGAUCCGAAAUACUUUCCAAUACUCGAUUUUGAUCACUUGAGUCAUCUGUUGCAUGAAGCAUUGAACGGAUACAAUGACUUGGUGGCAGCAAUGAAUCUGGUCUUGUUCGAAGAUGCCAUGUACCAUAUUUGUCGAAUAAAUCGCAUUUUGGAAGCACCAAGAGGCAACGCCUUGCUUGUGGGUGUUGGAGGUUUUGGAAAGCAAUCGCUUACCAGGUUGGCGGCUUUCAUAUCGUCAUUCGAAGUUUUUCAAAUCCAGCUCAAAAAGGGAUAUGCUAUGGCUGAUAUGAAGGCCGAUAUAGCGGGGCUCUACAUGAAAGUGGGACUCAAAAGUGUCGGCAUAGUUUUUUUGAUGACUGAUGCCCAAGUUCCCGAUGAAUCUUAUCUUGUGUUAAUAAAUGAUGUCUUAGCGUCAGGAGAAAUAAGUGAACUACUUCCCGACGAGAAUGUGGAGAACGUCAUCAGCGCAAUGCGCGGCGAGGUUAAAAGUGUUGGACUGCAAGAUACCAGAGAGAACUGCUGGAAGUUUUUCAUUGAUAGAGUCAGGCGACUUUUAAAAAUAGUUUUGUGCUUCUCGCCGGUGGGUUCAACUCUGCGAGUGCGAGCCAGAAAGUUUCCGGCUCUUGUUAACUGCUCCUCGAUAGACUGGUUCCAUGAUUGGCCCACCGAAGCUUUGCAAUCUGUAUCUCGUAGAUUUUUAGCAGAAAUCGAAGUACUGCCACCAGAACUCGUCAACUCUGUAUCUCUAUUCAUGUCCUUUGCACACGGCGUUGUAAACACUUUUUCGGAAAUUUACCUGUUGAAUGAAAAACGCUACAACUAUACCACCCCUAAGUCGUUUUUAGAACAAAUCGAUCUGUACAGAAAACUGUUGACGGAGAAAACUGCAGACAUACACAACAACAUUACAAGACUGCAAAACGGUUUAACCAAAUUGGCAUCCACUUCCGAAGAAGUGGACGGAUUGAAAGACGUAUUGGCUGUACAAGAGGUGGAGCUGAAUGAAAAAAAUGCAGCUGCAACUGCUCUUAUUGACGUUUUGACCAUCGAAAAUGAAAAGGUUGCCAAAGAACAAGAUACAGCUAGUGAAGAAGAAGCGAAAGUUAAGGCCAUUGAAGAAGACGUGUCGGCUAAAGCAAAAAUUUGUGCGGAAGAUUUAGCAAAGGCGGAACCCGCACUAGUUGCAGCCCAACAAGCCUUAAAUACGCUAAACAAAAACAAUCUGACUGAGUUAAAAUCUUUUGGUAGCCCUCCAGAGGCUGUGGUUUCGGUAUGCGCUGCUGUUCUCGUGUUGUUUUCGAAAAAAGGAAAAAUUCCCAAAGAUCGCAGCUGGAAGGAAUGCAAAUCGAUGAUGAAUAAAGUCGAUCAAUUUUUGAACGACCUGAUUACUUAUGAUAAAGAAAACAUGCAUCCGGACACUGUUAAAGCCACACUUGAAUAUCUGAAAGAUCCGGAAUUUAGUCCGGAAAAAAUUCUCACCAAGUCAGCGGCUGCAGCAGGUUUAUGUGCAUGGGUGAUUAACAUUAUUAAGUUCUACGAGGUGUUUGUGGUAGUAGAGCCCAAGCGGAAGGCUUUGGCUCUAGCCAAUAAAGAGCUUUCUGAUGCGAGGGGAAGACUUUCAGAAUUGAAGCUGAAAUUGGAUCAAUUGGAGAAACAGUUGGGUGUGCUGAGAGCAGAUUUUGAAGAAGCCACAAAUGCUAAGUUGAAAUGUCAAGCUGAAGCAGAUGCCACUACGCAAAUGAUCGAUCUAGCUAACCGACUGGUUAAUGGCUUAGCGUCAGAGAAUAUCCGUUGGAGGCAACUUAUAAAAGAUUUCAAUGCCUCAAUUAUAACUAUCCCAGGAGAUAUGUUAUUAGUUACAGCCUUUCUUUCGUAUCUCGGAUGUUUUAUGAAGAAGUAUAGAACGGAUAUGUUAGACAAGCAUUGGAUGCCAUAUUUCAAAACAUUAGAAGUUCCAAUUCCUAUGACUCCCGGUUUGGAUCCAAUGAAUCUGUUGGCAGAUGAUGCCAAAAUUGCCCAGUGGAAUAACGAGGGUCUUCCAACCGAUCGCAUGUCUGCGGAAAAUGCUAGUAUAUUAACUAAUUCGAGUCGUUGGCCAUUGAUGAUUGAUCCCCAGUUGCAGGGUAUAAAAUGGAUUAAAACUAAAUUCGGAGAAAAUUUAAGAGUGGUGAGAACAACUCAAAGAACGUAUCUAGAUGUUAUUGAAGAUUGCAUUUCCAAGGGCCAAACUGUGUUGAUUGAAAAUAUUGGAGAAAACUUGGAUGCUGUUUUAGAUCCAGUGCUUGGCAGAGUGUUGAUUAAAAAAGGAAAAGCAAUUAAAAUGGGCGAUAAGGAAGUAGACUACGAUCCCAAUUUCAGGUUGAUAUUACAUACAAAGCUUGCAAAUCCCCAUUAUAAGCCUGAAAUUCAGGCUCAAACCACCCUGAUUAAUUUUACUGUAACACGUGAUGGGCUGGAAGAGCAACUGUUGGCCGAAGUGGUCAAGGUGGAACGACCAGAUUUGGAGCUACUGAAAUCAUCGCUUACUAAGCAGCAAAACGACUUUAAGAUUACGCUGAAAACGUGUGAAGAUAAUCUUCUUUAUAAAUUGUCUUCAGCAACUGGGAACAUAUUAGGUGAUGUCGAGCUGGUCCUUAAUUUGGAAACAACUAAAAAAACGGCUAAUGAAAUUGCCAUUAAAGUGGAAGAAGCUAAAGUGACCUCAGUUAAAAUCGACGAAGCUCGGGAACAAUAUCGUCCAUGUGCAGCCAGGGCUUCGCUUCUGUACUUCAUUCUAAACGACUUAUUUAGAAUAAAUAUGAUAUAUCAAUUCUCCCUGAAAGCUUUCAGUGUGGUGUUUCGCGAUUCCCUCAAGAGAGCAGAGCCAGCUGAAAAACUCAAAGAUCGAGUGGUUAAUUUGCUGGAGAGUAUUUCGUUUUCAGUUUUCAUGUACACUUCUAGGGGUCUGUUCGAGUGUGACAAGCUAACGUUCAUGGCUCAAAUGACCUUCCAAAUUUAUAUACAAUUGGGCGAAAUUAUGCCUGAUGAACUCGAUUUUUUGCUCAGAUUUCCUGUCAUUGCCAAUCUAAAUUCACCAGUGGAUUUUUUAAAUAAUAUUUCUUGGGGAGGCAUUAAAGCACUGUCACUAAUGGACGAAUUCAGAGGACUGGACAAAGACUUAGAAGGAUCAGCAAAGCGUUGGCGGAAGUUUGUUGAAAGCGAAUGCCCGGAAAAGGAAAAAUUCCCGGGAGAAUGGAAAAACAAAACAACAUUACAAAGGUUAUGCAUAAUGCGAUGUUUGAGGAAUGAUAGAAUGACGUAUGCUGUUCGCUUGUAUAUCGAGGAAAAAUUAGGCACUCGAUACGUAACAGCCAGAACGGUUGGUUUCGAAAAAUCCUAUGAGGAAACCAGCGCUCAAACGCCAGUGUUUUUCAUUCUUUCGCCUGGCGUGAACCCGUUGAAGGAUGUGGAAAUGAUGGGAAAGAAGUUGGGUUUCACAUUCGACAUUGGCAAUUUUCAUAGCGUUUCGUUGGGUCAAGGGCAGGAAAUUGUUGCGGAAAAUGCCAUGGAUCUAGCCGCUCAAGAUGGACAUUGGGUAAUUCUUCAGAACAUUCAUCUGGUCGUCAAAUGGUUAGCUACUUUAGAGAAGAAAAUGGAACAGUGUUCUGAAGGAGGUCAUGAAAAAUACAGAUUGUAUCUAAGUGCUGAGCCAUCGUCUGAUCCGCACUCUUGCGUGAUACCACAAGGGAUACUAGAGUGUUCCAUUAAGAUAACAAACGAACCACCCACUGGCAUUAAUGCCAAUUUGCACAAAGCUCUGGACAAUUUUAAUCAGGAAACACUGGAAAUGUGUUCCAAAGAGGCCGAAUUUAAGGCCAUUCUAUUCGCUCUUUGCUACUUCCAUGCCGUGGUAGCCGAGCGGCGGAAAUUUGGGCCUCAGGGCUGGAAUCGAAACUAUCCGUUCAAUGUUGGCGACUUAACCAUCAGCGUCAGCGUUUUGUAUAACUAUUUAGAGAGCAAUAACAAGGUACCAUUUGAAGAUCUACGCUAUCUUUUUGGUGAAAUAAUGUACGGCGGUCAUAUUACGGAUGACUGGGACAGGCGAUUGUGCAGAAACUAUUUACUAACAUACAUGCAGCCGGAGCUGAUCGAGGGAGAGCUACAGUUGGCCCCUGCAUUCUUUGCGCCACCGAAUACCGAUUACAUAGGAUACCAUCGUUAUAUCGAUGAUCGACUGCCUGCAGAAAGUCCGUAUCUCUAUGGCCUGCAUCCGAACGCUGAAAUUGGAUUUUUGGCGAGCACCUCGGAAAAUAUGUUUCGAACAAUAUUUGAAAUGCAGCCCCGAGACUCGAGCGCCGCUGCUGGCAGUGGAAUGUCUCGCGAAGAUAAGGUACGAAGCACACUGGAAGAAAUAUAUGAUAAACUCCCUGAAGAAUUCCCAGUCCAAGAAAUGAUGGCCAAAGUUGAAGAGCGGACACCCUACAUAAUUGUGGCGUUUCAAGAAUGCGAAAGAAUGAACACUUUGACGCGAGAAAUGAAGCGAUCCUUAAAAGAGCUCGAUUUGGGCCUAAAGGGAGAACUAACUAUAACGUCCGAUAUGGAAGUGCUUGAAGAAGCUCUAUUUAUGGAUGCGGUGCCCGAGUCCUGGUCAGUCAAAGCGUACCCAAGCUUGUUGCCACUUGGCCAAUGGGUUGGGGACCUUUCGUUAAGAAUCAAAGAACUAGAAGGCUGGACAACCGACUUUUCGAUGCCAGCCGCAGUUUGGCUGGGUGGGUUCUUCAAUCCUCAAUCUUUCCUAACUGCAAUCAUGCAACAAACUGCUCGCAAAAACGAAUGGCCUCUGGAUAAAAUGUGCCUGAUGACGGAUGUUACUAAAAAGCAAAAGGAGGACUUUAACUCUGCUCCAAGAGAAGGUGCCUAUGUGCAUGGACUGUUUAUGGAAGGCGCUAGAUGGGACAUUCAGUUAAACAGUAUUUCCGAUUCAAAACUGAAAGAGCUGUUCCCAGUAGUGCCUGUAAUUUUUAUUAAGGCAAUUACGCAGGACAAACAGGAUUUACGAAAUAUGUAUGAUUGUCCCGUAUACAAAACGCGAAUGAGAGGUCCGACCUUUGUUUGGACAUUCAAUUUGAAAACCAAGGAUAAAGCAUCCAAAUGGACUUUGGCUGGUGUGGCCAUCCUACUUCAAGUUUAAUCAAUUGUUUGUUACAGUUUUUGUUGAUUUUAUGACAGGUUUAUAUAAAUGUUAUUAGCUUAAAAUAAUUGUUAAUAAAAUGGUUGAUUGAA